GUGGUAAACACAACUGUAUUGAACACGUGAUGUGUUGUGGUGUCGAUCGCUGCACACCUGUCGUCGGGUCCGCUAAACACUUGUGGAGUAUUCAAUGUUGAGGCAAACAAAUGGUGUGAAUGUUAUGAUUAAAUGGUUGGCCACUAAUGGGAGGCCAACACUAAUGGCCAGUAUUACGGCCGCUGACUGUCGCGGACUUUGCGGUAAAUGUACGGCCAGUGAUGAGACCGUAGACCGCGUCAGUCCUGUCGGUCAUUCGGUGUCCAAUUUGCGGUUCACUGAUUGGGCCAAACCGGUCAAUGAGACGCCCGUUGAACGCCAGUUACGGCUCAAACGAGUAGAGCUCCAGAACUGGAACCACGAGUAUUGGCUCAACAAUAACACAGAUUUUCAACGGCAAAAGCAAGAUUUUAUAAAACGGGAACUCAAGACAAGUGAUGGACAAGAGUUUAAGUCAUCGUUAAGUUAUGAUGAAUUGUCGCUGUUUUAUAAGUCGUUUUUGGAUUCAAAUCAUGGAAAACACAUGAAUUAUAAUUUGGAAUGGUAUAAACGCCACACAACCCUCUUAUGGCCAGCCUUUCGGUCAUGUUUUGUGCAAUAA